AAAUUUCUUUAACCAAACCGAUGAGGAGAAACUAGUAUUAUAUAAGAAACAAAAAGCAACCUUAGUUGAACAGGACAGUCAUAUUGCAGACUUUUUAGGUUGUAAAGAUGUACUUUUUAUAGCAGCUUUACGAGAGGUUGUUGAUAGUAUAGAGAUAAUACAGAAAGAAGACAAUAAUCUUAAUCCAAGUCCCACUGAUAUGGAAAUUAGUUUUACAAAACCUGUAAUUAUAUCUGAAAAUUAUAGUAACAACACAACUUGCAACAACAAUAGCAGCUCUCAUAAAAGAAGCCUCGAAGAACAGAAGAGUAGUAAUAACUUAGUUGAGCAUAAACAAGAGACAAGAAUAAACACACUUAUUCAAAAUGAGGUCGGUACAUUGGACUAUAGUCUCAAAGAG